AUGGAUUAUGGAAAAUCACGAGGACUUUCACGAAUAACGUAUGGUUGCACGGAACUCGUCGGCCCUAAGCAAUUCGUCGAACAAGUUAGAAUUUACACUUACAAAAGUAGAACAUUCCGUGAAUUUAGCCGUCCCAUUAGCGGCCAAAGGUUUUGUUCCGCCGGUGAGACAACCAAUCCAUCUACGAUUCAUUUAUUUGUUUCGAUGGUAAAUUGGUACUGA